GCCACUCCAUCCUACGGGGAUAUGUCAAAAAAAAAAAUUUUUUUCUUAUUCGAGGGGGAAUUCUUAUGCACGUUCUGGUCUCCACGGCUGUCCAUGCCCACCAAUUAAACUGUUGCCUUCUCUAGGGAAUAGUUUCAUUAUAUUUUAGUUUAUCAUGGCCUUUACCAUGCUUCGGCCGGUGGCAACUUACCCCUUCUCCUCAUAUCCCCCUGACUUCAACAUGAUGUCGGACGACGAGGGGAACCGCAGCGAGAGCGACGGCAGCUCGGACCAGAGCUAUGGAUGCUGUGCCUCUUCAGAGAAGACUUGUCGGCAGAUUACCCGCGUGGUGGGAGUCGGUGGGGUUGUUGUGGUCAAACAGCGCAACACAGCCAACGCCAGGGAGCGAGACCGGACCCAAAGCGUCAACACCGCCUUCACCGCGCUUCGGACACUCAUACCCACGGAGCCGGUGGACAGAAAGCUCUCCAAAAUUGAAACGCUCCGGUUGGCGUCCAGCUACAUCUCGCACUUGGCCAACAUUCUUGUCCUUGGGGACGGGUGCGAGGAUGGGCAGCCGUGCUUGAGUGCAGUGUAUCGCGUGCAAGGAGAUGGCGAGGGGAAGCAACCCAGAACAAUCUGCACCUUUUGCUUGAGCAACCAGCGGAAAGGGGGGAAAGAUGGUCGUUGUCUGAAAAUGCAUGCAACCCGUGCACUACGAAUGAGCCGAAGAUAGACAACUCUCAAAUUCCAAGGAUGGUUUAGUUCAAGUCCGCACCUCAGGGAAAAACUCCAGCUAUCACACCUACUCCUUCACAGACCGACACAUAGGCCAGAAUGCCUUCGAACUGCGGAAAAAGACUGUAAAAAAUAUGACUGUCAAAAAAUAAUGUUCCUCUCAUAAUGCUGGUUUGGUGAAAUGUGAUUUUGGAGGAACAAAUGAGACUAUUUGGUUGCCUUUUCAACACCAUUUUGUAUUUUGCGUUGAAAUUAAAUAUAUUUUUACAUAGUU